AGUGCUGUAUGGUGUUUGAGUUAUACGUAGCAGUUUAGACAUAUGUGCAAAUAAAAAAAAGUCAAUAAUUAAGAAUUAAUGUUACACAAUUUAGGAAAAACAAAAAGUUAAGACAAUGUUCUGGUUCAUCGCUCUAGUACUAUCUGCUGUAGCACUCUACUGGAUUGGAUGGCGGAUUAAGAACAGAAAACUGCUGGACAUUUCCGAUCAAUUCCCUGGCCCUCCUGCAAUACCGAUCUUGGGUAACGCGUUACAAAUAGCGGGCCCUCCUGAAGAGUUGACAAAUGUUGUGGCAAGGUACUUGAGAGACUAUGGAGACUUUUUCAGGGUAUGGGUAGGACCUGACCUGAAUAUAUUUGUGAAUGACCCCGAGGAUAUUAAGACGCUCCUCAAAAGUCCAAAGACCAGCAUCAAAGGCCCUCAGUAUAAGUACAUAAAAGAUUACUGCGGUUCCGGCCUUCUCAGUGGUUCAGGUCCCAGUUGGCGAAUCUGCAGAAAGACGGUACUACCCAACUACGGAAAAAAAGCAUUAGAAGCGUACGACGUAGUUAUAAAUGAAGAAUCCAGUGAAGUCGUAAACCGGCUAAUGAGCAAAGCAGGAGGGAAAACGUUUGAUAUUUACGAUGACGUAGUCUUGGGGACUACAUACACUGUUUGCAGAACAUUAAUGGGAUUGACAAAGGAACAGACAAUAAACCUACCAAAUAUGAAUGUCAAAUUUCUACACGACGCACACGACUUAUAUUUAACAGUUUUCAAGAGAAUGACCCAAUGGUACCUUCAAGUCGAUCCAAUUUACUGGAUGACCGAACAUUAUCAGAAACAAAAAUGGUUUAUUAAACAAAUAACUGAAAUAGCAAAUACGAACGUAAAGCAUAGACUGAAAGUUCUGGAAUCAAUGGACGAGAGUACGAUCAACGAAAUUCUGAAUGCUGAGGGUGACAGCACACAUAACACAGAACUCAGUGUUAUCGAUAGACUUUUGCUGUCGAAUAAGAUAUCGACCAAUGACGAACUAGUGAAGCAGUGGUUCACUUUAUUUACAGCGAGUCAAGAGGCGACGGCCAAAAUAACAUCAUACGCUUUGCUAAUGAUGGCAUUUCAUCCCAAAUGCCAGGAAAAAGUGUACGAAGAAAUAAAGGAAGUUUUUGGAGACAAUGUCAGAGAUGUCACUGAAGAUGACUUGAAACUGAUGCCAUACCUGGACAUGGUGUUCAAGGAAGUUAUUAGACUUUUUCCCAUCGGCGUGAUGCUUCAAAGAACAAUAGCCGAAGAUAUUAAAAUAAGCAAAGGCACACUGCCCGCAGGAAGCUCGCUCGUGGUACCAAUAUUCCACUUGCAUAGAGACAAACGGCACUGGAUCAACCCGGAUGCCUUCGACCCUGAACGGUUCACUUCCGAGAACUCCAGGUUACGCCAUCCGAACUGCUACAUACCUUUUAGUCUUGGACCGAUGGACUGCAUGGGGAGGUACUUCGCCAUCAAACUUGUGAAGACUAUAUGCAUCAAAGUACUUCAGAAGCUCAGACUAAGUUCCACAGAAAAGUACGAGGACCUGCGUCUCGUGAUGGCAGUUUCUGUUGCCUCUGUCAAUGGCUAUCCUGUUCAAGUGUAUCCGAGGAGUUGAGAGUCCUAUCAACCUUCCUUGUAUGAUACUAGUUUGCCGCUGAAGCGUCGAGUUUCACCAUUUUGACGAAAUCCUAGAUGUGAAUGGGUCCACGCUUUACUACCUACAUAAAUUUCUCAAUGUCAAUAUCAAGCUGGGUUCUCCACAAACGUUCUAAGCAUUAAGUAUAUUUAGAAAUAACGUGUAGGUUAGUAAUCGUACAUUGCACAUAUUCUAAUGAGAUGGGGUAUAAUAGGACUUGCUUCAGUUUACUUAAUACAAAAAUAUUUAUAAGAAAUAAAACAUCUGUAAUUUAAAUAUGCUGAGCGACAUAAACUAUUUUACUACCUUACCUGAUCUGAAUCCAGCUCGUUUCGCCAACUUUUCGUUUCUUACAAGUAAGGCAAGUCUUCGUGUAAUUUUUUAGGUACCUGUCGGUGACACAAGCACGCGUAUCGAAACAUUAAAUUUGAGUAGUUUGAACAUUAAAAGAUGUUCAUAAUAACAAAAGAUGUCUCAAGCUCCUUUCAUACCGCUACAACCGUACCCUUGUACGCCAGGGUUACGUCGAGCGACUACGCACUUUUAAUGUUUGUUCCCUCGAAUCUCGUCGUGUUCUUCAUGAUAUGCUGUUUCUCUACAAAGUUAUACAUUCUAAAAUUGACUCCCCUAAUAUACUGUCCCUCGUUACAUUUAACACUCCCCGUUAUAGGUCUCGUGCUCCAAAGGUAUUUGCUCUGCAAGUGUAUAGAAAUAAUACCUCCUUCUAUAACCCAAUUAUACGAAUGUGCCGUCAGUACAACGACCUAGUAUCAAAACAUAGUCAUAUUGAUAUUUUCAACUCUAAGUUUUUAGUAUUCCGGAAACAAAUUAUGGAAAUUCUCAGCCAAAAAUCGCCAUCACCAUUAUGUUAAGUUUGAUUUC